AUGUCAGCGCUGGACAUCGCGUAUGUCACGCUGACCUUGCUGAUGUCAAUGAUGUCCAUCCUGGGCUCUCUGGUCAUCCUGUUGGUCCACUGGGUGUACGCUGACCUGCGGACCGCUGGCCGGACCAUGCUGGUCCACCUCACAGUGGCGGACCUGCUCACGGCCCUGGGGAACUUGAUGGGAGUCACGUGGUACAUCAACGUGGAGCUGCUGGACUAUAAGAUGGUUUACUGUAAGUUUCACAGCGCCCUGACCAUCAUGUCCAGCAUCGCAUCCUUCCUCUGGACAGUGGUCAUCGCCUGGUUUGUUUUCUGGAUCCUCAUCAAGAUGCAGCCGGCCAUGAACAAGGGCCGUCAGACGUCACAGCUGGUCGUCUGCGUCGUUUGUUGGGGGCUGCCCACAACUAUAGCCCUGACUGCCCUCGGUCUUGACGUUCUCGGCUACGACAAGAGUCUGGCCAGUGCCAGUUGGUGCUGGAUCGACCCCAGCACGCGCCACGCCACGGCCUGGAUGCUCGUCACGGGCAAGGCGUGGGAGGUGGGGGCGUGCGUCUUGACCGUCUGCUUGUACACGGCUGUCAAGGUCAUGCUGUUCAAACAGGCAAAGCGUCGACAAGGUAUGACGUCACGAUCAAACAGAAACGUGGAGGAGGCCAAUACAAAGUUGACCUUUGUACCCCUCGUCUUCAUCGUCAUCAGAAUCUGGGGGACCAUCAGAUUCCUUCUCGGCACUUUUGCGCACGAAUAUGCCAGCUCGUCCGACUCGGAUUGGAUCGUUAUUUUACAGGGUACCGGAGACAGCGCCCAAGGCUUCGCUAACUUCGUCAUGUACUGUUUCUUCACACGAAAGAUUCGAGUCCGCCUCUUCAGAAGAUGCGCGUGUCCUCGACUGGGUAGCACGUGCACAGAGACCAGCAUCAACCCCACCCCCAGCUCCUCGCACCCACCAGACGAUCAGCCAGCCGUGACCAACCACGUGGAUCCACCCAAUCACGUGGAUCCACCCAACCACGUGGAGCCAGCACUCAAAGGAAGAGCAGACGAUCUCAACCAUGUCAAGUUUUAA